AGAAGACCUACAAUGGAUCCCAGUGCUUUCUGCGGCAUCUUUCUGGGUUGUCGGCCGUAAACACGACGGGACUCAUAUAGCAGUCGGUCGAAUCGGCGACGUGUUGAGGUGACUUCAGAGAGAUGCCCAGCAGUGACGUUGUUUACGCUGACGUCACGGUCUCCCUGGCAACAGAAGUUAGCAGCAGUUCUCCCAGGAAGUUAGAAAGAUGUUAAUCCACUCAGUCUGAGCAGAGAUAUUGCAACACCAACACCAACACCUGAGGAAAACAUGGGCCUGUUGGCCAUUCUUCGGAGGCUGAAGCAGUCUCCAGAACAGGAGGUGCGCUUGCUGUUGCUCGGCUUGGACAAUGCUGGCAAGACCACUCUGCUGAAACAGCUGGCAGCAGAAGAUAUCAGCCACAUCACCCCCACACAAGGCUUCAAUAUAAAGAGCGUUCAAUCAUCUGGCUUUAAGCUGAAUGUUUGGGACAUAGGAGGUCAGCGCAAGAUUCGCCCCUACUGGAGGAAUUAUUUUGAGAACACAGAUGUACUGAUCUAUGUGAUUGACAGCUCAGACAGGAAGAGGUUUGAAGAGACAAGCCUGGAGCUGGCUGAGUUACUUGAGGAGGAAAAGCUCGCUGCUGUGCCACUGCUAAUCUUUGCCAACAAGCAGGACCUGAUGACAGCCACCCCGGCGUCUGAGCUGGCAGAAGGUCUCAAUCUGCACACUAUCCGGGAUCGCAUGUGGCAGGUCCAGGCCUGCUCAGCAGUCACUGCUGAGGGAGUGCAGGAUGGCAUGACCUGGGUCUGCAGAAAUAUAACGCUUCGGAAGAAAUAAGUUGGGAGGCACAAAAUCCGUGAAGAAUUGCAUUUGCACUUUACAUUUAACCUAUGCAGUCAUUUUCUGUCCAGGACAAGAAUGCAUUAUUUGUUUAUUUUAUGCAACUAUACCUUUUUUCAAUCUUAUACUUGGCAGUAUAAAACUAAAUAGAAGUUGUUCAUACACUAACUUCUUAACCCUGUAAAUGUAUAUCUUGAAAUGUAUAUAUUGUAUAUAUUAGAGUGUUGUAUUCAAACAGCUGGUUCUGCACAAAUUUUGUUUGUAAUAUGGUAAUUUUGUUGCGAGGAGAUGUAGGCACUGACUGUCUAAAUAAAACUAAAUUAUGU